GCUGAUAAUACGCAGGCAUCCAUGGAAACUGAAAACCUUCGUGAAUGGCUCACAUGGUUUAUCCAUCAACAGGAAGAGAAUUACGGAACUAUAACACAACAGGCUUCUACAAAAGGGUAUAAACCCCAACUAAUUGAUAGCCAUAACCAGCAUCAGCCUGCAGCCAUGGCUAAGUUGCCUGUUGUGAGUAGUGCUUUGAUGAUGAUGAAGAUGAAGUGGGUCUUGGUACUUUUCGUCCUCUGGUUCUCGUCGGCCUCCGCCCUGCCGCCGAAGGUCUUGCCCCGCCGCGUGAGGUGCAGAGAAGUUGGGUUUCCCAAGUGCUUCAAGAUGUGGUACUUCUGCCCCUCUGCCUGCCGCUCAACCUGCUUGAUGGACUGUGUCUCCUGCAAGCCUGUUUGCAGUUGCGACUACCCUGGCGCGGUUUGCCAGGACCCUCGCUUCGUCGGCGGCGACGGCAUCACCUUCUACUUCCACGGCAGGAAAGAUCAAGAUUUCUGCCUUCUUUCCGACGCCGACCUCCACAUCAACGCCCACUUCAUCGGCAAGCGAAACCCUAAUCUCAAGCGAGACUUCACCUGGGUCCAAUCCAUCGGAGUGCUCUUCGGCAUCCACAACCUCCUCGUCGCAGCCAAGCCGACGUCCACCUGGGACGACGCCGUCGACCGCCUCGACAUCUCCUUUGACGGCGCCCCCAUUCCCCUCCCCGCCGUCGACGGCGCCAAGUGGAUGACCUCUCCGACGGCGCCAAUCGUCUCCGUGACCCGAACGAGCGACGCGAACCGGGUCACAGUCGAAGUCGCGGAAGUUUUCAGGGUCAACGCCCAGGUGGUUCCGAUUACAGCCGAAGAGUCGAGAAUCCAUGGCUACAACAUCACCGACGAGGAUUGCUUCGCCCAUUUGGAGCUGGCUUUCAAGUUCUACAACCUCACAGACAUGGUGGACGGAGUUAUGGGCCAGACUUACCGCAGAGACUAUGUGAGCAAGGUGAAGGUGAAUUCGGUGAUGCCGGUGAUGGGCGGCGCCGGGAAGUUCUCGACUUCCGGCAUCUUUGCGGCGGAUUGUAAGGCGGCGAGGUUUGGCCAGCGCGUCGGCGGAGAUUUGGGAAGCGGGCGCUCCGCCUCUGCGUAUUCGACGGUGGUGUGCAAGAGUGGAGGAGAAGGGAAUGGAGUGGUUUGCAAGAGAUAAAAGAAUCAUUAAUCAGAGUUAAUCUGAAGUUUAGUGAAUUGUAAUAAAACAAAGCUUCAUGUUUAAGGAUGAAAAUGUUAUAGAAGCCAUAUGUAUUUGAAUAAUAACUAAGCUUGUUGCGUGAC